AUGACAACUGAGAGGAGAAGAAUAUUGCCAUUAGAUAAGAAGGUGGUCAAUUUAAUUGCAGCAGGAGAGAUCAUUAUUGCCCCAGCAAACGCACUUAAGGAAUUACUUGAAAAUUCAAUUGAUGCUGGUGCCACUCAGAUAGAAGUUGUUGUUAAAGAUGGUGGGAUGAAGUUGCUGCAAAUAACUGAUAAUGGUUCUGGAAUAAACAAAGAGGACUUACCGAUCCUAUGCCAGCGGUUUACCACAUCGAAAUUAGUCGAGUUUGAGGACUUACGAAGUAUUUCAACUUACGGGUUCAGAGGUGAAGCCUUGGCCAGCAUCUCUCAUAUUGCCAGGUUGAGUGUUAUAACAAAAACCAAAGAUGAUAGUUGUGCAUGGAAGGCAUCAUAUAAGGACGGUGAACUUAUCGGCGGACUCGAUGACGGCGUCAAGCCAAUAGCUGGUAAAGAUGGUACAGUUUUGGUUGUUGAAGACUUGUUUUAUAACAUUCCGUCAAGGUUACGUGCCCUAAAAAGCAAGAACGAAGAAUAUGCCAAUAUUCUCGAGGUCAUCAGCAAGUAUCUUAUUCACGUUGACAAUGUCGGUUUCAGCUGCCAAAAACAAGGAGGUAACGGUUUGGACAUCAUGGUAAGGUCAAAUUUAUCAAGAAAAGAACGAAUACGAUCAGUUUACGGCUCAGCUAUAGCUAAUAAUUUAUUGAAUGUUGACAUUAAAAUAGACGAGGACUUUAGAACUCAGUUUGGGCUCCUAAAAUGCCAAGGUUCUGUCAGUAAUACAAGUUUUGAGAAUAAAAAAUCGAUCCAACCGAUAUUCUUUAUCAACCAUCGUUUGGUAGUCUGCAAUCCACUUAAGAGAGCACUUGGCGCUUUGUAUUCUACUUAUUUGCCUAAAGGCCACAAGCCGUUUAUUUAUCUUUCACUAGAAAUAUCCCCGCAGAAUGUCGAUGUGAAUGUUCAUCCCACUAAGCGAGAGGUUAGGUUCUUAAAUGAGGAUGAAGUUGUGGAUCGUAUAGUGGUUUCCAUUGAUAACGUGUUGUCUGAUUUAGAUUCAUCAAGAAAAUUUUUAACUCAACAAAUUCUAACAAAUGCCAGAAAAAUCGAAGAUGACAUUGAAGAGAGGAGAAAUAAGAGAACCAGAGGGUUGGUGGAAGAGCCAGUAACUCGAGAAAAAAAGAAGGCAAUACCACUAUCACAAUUUAAAAAGCCAUACGAGCAUGAAAUGGUGAGAACUGACCAUAGUCAAACCACGUUGAAUAAUUUUGUGAAGUCGUUUUCAUCCCAAAAUACUCAACAAACAAACUCAGCUGAAGAUUCGAUUGAUAUUGACGACGUUUCUCAAGAUUUUGACUCAUCUACCAUUUUAGAGACGACAACAGCCACUAAAGAGAUAGAGCCAGUUCGUCUACAAUCAAUAAUCUCGUUGAAGCAAGAGUUACAAGCUCGAGGAAAUAGGUUUCUUACCCAAAUUUUUGCACAACACACAUAUGUCGGUAUUGCCGAUUACGAGAAAAGGCUAUGUUGUAUUCAGCAUGACGUCAAUUUGUAUUUAGUCGACUAUGCAAGCCUUUGUUCAGAAUUUUUUUAUCAUAUUGGCUUGGCAGAUUUUGCUGCAUUUGGUAAAAUUGAAAUUGUUAAUGAGGGUGGAAUUGACAUUUUGCACUUACUCAAAAAGGAGGUCUAUGAGAAUGAAGAAUUCGUGAAGAUAUUUUGUGAGAGAAAUCAAAUUAAGGAGCUUCCUGACCUUAGAGAUAGUGUUCAAACAUGCUUUGUUAAUAUGUGCGAAAUGUGGGAAGAGUAUUUUAGCACAGAAAUAGAUGUUUCAGAUUCAUUUGCCCCAAAAUUAAAAAGUUUGCCUUUAUUGCUGAAAGGUUAUAUUCCUAGCUGGAACAAGUUAAGUUUGUUCCUUUUCCGCGUAAUAACCAAGGUUAAUUGGAACGAUGAAAAAGAAUGCUUGGGUGGUAUUUUAAGACAAUUUGCUUUGUUCUACGUUCCAGAGAUAAUCUACGAUGAUGUUGAGAACGCUAAAGAAAGGAAAAUGAAGAUUGGGGCAUGUCUAGAAAAUCUAAUCAUGCCUAUGAUCAAGAAAAAGUUUCUUGCUACGGACAAUCUGGCUAGAGAUGUGAUUGAAAUUGCAAGUUUACCCAGACUUUACAAAGUUUUCGAAAGGUGUUGA